UUAGUUCCCGUAUAAGGAAGGGAGGCCGGCUGCGCAAAGCCCUCAGCGCCUCCAGCUUUCUACUCACUUCCUACAAAUAGUUCCCUGGUUUCCUGUGCCCGGCCUCGGUGGGAGCGAUGGCAGGCGACGCAGUGCUGCUGGCUGCUGUCUCCAUCCUCUCUGCUUGUCAGCAAGGUUAUUUUGCGUCGCAGGUUGGAAGGGCAAGAUUAAAAUGCAAGGUGAUACCCCCGGCCGUCACUGGGUCUUUGGAGUUUGAGAGGGUGUUUCGCGCUCAACAAAACUGUGUGGAGUUUUAUCCCAUAUUCUUGAUUACAUUCUGGAUGGCUGGAUUGUAUUUCAACGAAGUUUUUGCUGCUUGUCUGGGUCUGGUGUACCUAUAUGCCCGUCAGAAGUACUUCUGGGGAUAUUCAGAAGCUGCUGAAAAAAGUGGGAUUCCCUCCCCAUUUACAGAAUUCGCAGUCACCCUACCACCGCGCUUCAGAGAGGGCACACAGCCCAUCAGCCCAGCGUCUCCAGCCUCACUCCCUGCCUGUGUUAGGCAGAUCUAGAACCUGGGGCUUAUGGAGAGCAGGUCAAAGGCAAUGCUUCCCACGCAUCCUGACUUGCCCGAAGCGCUGCGGUCCAACCCUCCAAGCUCUUUUCUUCUGGGAGCUGUGUGUGUGCACAGAAAGAGCCAGCAUGUAGGACAUGGAGGGAGAGGGACAGGAGGAAAACACAUGCCACUCACACUCAAGACAGUAGUUG